UUAAAACAGACUUGAUCUUCUACCAGCCUAAUCUGCUACUGUGUGUAGAGACAAUGGAUACUUCUGCACAUAUUACACCUGCGGAUGAUGAUGCCACAAGGAUGUCCGCUUCUGAGGGUUUAGAGGAGGGGGAAGUGGAGGGCGAGACACUUCUACUGGUAGAAUCUGAAGAUCAGGCUUCUAUUGACUUGUCUCAUGAUCAGAGUGGUGAUUCAUUGAACAGUGACGUCGGUGAUGAGAUAGACCCACCAUGGAUGGAGGAGAUGCCUUUUCAUUGUGAUAAAUGUCAAAAGUGGAUUCCAGCAAGUCAGCUCCAAGGAGACCCGCCAAGUCACAUAAAAGGGGACAACUUCUUCAAGUUCAUAUGCAGUGACUGUUCUGAAGAUGGCAAGGAGGAGUUUGAACGUUUAAGGCUGACUUGGCAGCAGGUGGUCAUGCUGGCAAUGUACAACCUGUCACUGGAAGGAUCUGGUCGUCAGGGCUACUUCCGAUGGAAAGAAGACAUCUGCUCAUUUAUAGAGAAGCACUGGACCUUCUUACUGGGGAAUAGGAAGAAGACUUCUACCUGGUGGAGCACCGUUGCAGGAUGUCUCUCUGUGGGGAGUCCCAUGUUCUUCAGGUCUGGAGCUCAGGAGUUUGGAGAACCAGGCUGGUGGAAACUUGUUCACAACAAGCCACCUGCCAUGAAACCUGAUGGAGACAAGUAUUCCUCCCCUUCACAAAAGAUAAAAGCUCCUGUCAAGCCUAACCUGGACCCAGUGAUCACAGUAGAAGGUCUCAGAAAAAGGUCUAGGGGAAACCCUGUGGAGUCUGCUAUAGAACUGAAGGAAAAGAGAUCACGGACUCAAGAAGCAAAAGAGAUAAGGAGAGCCCAGAAAGAAGCAGCUGGUUUCGGGGAUCAUAGCACAUCCUCUACUCCUGUGAAAUUCUCCAGCAGCCGUAACCGUCGCUCAGAUGUUGUUCUUGAGAAAGGAGAAGUGAUAGACUUCUCGUCUAUGAGUUCAUCAGAUCGAACACCCAUGACUAGUCCCUCUCCUUCACCAUCCUUGGAUUUCUCUGCUCCUGGCACACCAGCUUCUCACUCGGCAACUCCUAGCCUACUCUCCGAAGCAGAUCUAAUUCCUGAUGUUAUGCCACCGCAGGCUCUUUUUCAUGAUGACGAGGAGAUGGAUGCAGACGGUGUCAUUGAUCCUGGGAUUGAGUACAUACCUUCUCCAAAUGCCCCACUCUCUGCGCCUAUGUGUCGGAAAAGCUUCAAGCCUUCUGUGAGUGUCAAACAGGAGAUAGAGAGUGAAGAGGAGAAGUUGGAGCGGCUGCAGAGUGAAAUGCAUGAGGGCUCAUCUGCUGACAGAGUGCGCGACAAGAGGAGAUCUCAGCCCAUCGAGAGGGAUAAAACCAAAAACUCUCCGUACCGUGGUUUAACCCUGUAUGAAGAAAAGCUGCUUUUAAAGCGCCUUGAGGCCUGCCCCAAUGCUGUAGCUGUGAUGCCAGAUGCCAAGAGACUCCGACAGAAGCUGCUUGUCCAUAAGGCAAAGCGUGAAAGGGGAUUGCCCAUUUUUGACUUGGAUCAGGCCGUGAAUGCAGCUUUAAUGCUGGUUGGAGGGGUUUAUGGAGUUAGGGAUGGGUCUGUUUCUAGGCCGCUAGACUCUGGCCCAGAGUACACCGCCACAAGCAAAGAUCUAAGAAUCCUGGACAGAUAUCAGAGUGGCGUGCCAGUCACAAAGGGAGCCCGAUACUCUACUAUGCGCUUCUUGCAUCGCCUGGGGGCAGCGGAGGACAAGGAAGCGGAUCUUAGCAUAGUGAGUCCGUACACCGCUCGCGUCCUAAAGCCAUACAUAAGGCGUGACUACGAGACAAGACCUUACAGACUGCAGCUGUUGGCUCAGAUCCGGGCAUAUGCCCAUAGAACUGAAUCCAACUGGGAACCAGAACCAGAGUCUCCCAUUGACUAUUGCUACGUCCGUCCCGGACACAUCCCCACAAUCAAUUCAAUAUGCCAGGAAUUCUUCUGGCCAGGCAUUGACGUUUCCGAAUGUUUGCAGUAUCCGGAUUUCAGUGUUGUUGUCCUGUACAAAAAAGUUGUUAUAGCCUUCGGCUUCAUGGUUCCUGACGUUAAGUACAAUGAAGCUUACAUUUCAUUUCUAUUUGUCCAUCCCGAGUGGAGGCGAGCCGGCAUCGCUACAUUUAUGAUCUAUCAUCUAAUUCAGACCUGUAUGGGGAAAGAUGUUACUCUACACGUUUCAGCAAACAAUCCUGCAAUGUUGCUAUACCAGAAGUUUGGAUUCAAGACUGAAGAAUACAUCCUAGAUUUUUACGACAAGUACUACUCGUUCGACAGCAAAGAGUGUAAACAUGCCUUUUUUCUGCGGCUGCGGAGGUGAUGACGUGGGAUGAUGUAUUCGCCAGGGAUGGUUCUCCCCUCUUAUUGGAGAAUAUUCUGACAAAACAAUUCUUAGGAAUAAUCUUUGUAGCCAUUGUCAGUGCAGCGACAUAACUGUGACAAUGCUUUUUUGUUUUCAUUAAACCAUUUUCACCUCGUGAAAA